AUGUCCGGUCCAUACGAUAGCCAGAACCCAAACUAUUACGGCCAGGGCGGCUACCCACCCCAACAAGGAUACGGUCAAGCACCACCUGACCAAUUCAACCAGGGCCAAUACCCACCUCAGCAAGGCUACGGCGGGCAGCCCCCCUAUGACCAGCAGCAACACCAGCCACAACAGUUCGAGGGUAGUAAUCAGGGAUACUAUGGCCAGCAGCAGCAACCACAGAAUCAGCAACCAUACGAUUCAAGCCAGCAAGGUUACGGGCAACAGCAAUAUCAGCAACAGCCACCAUAUGACCAGCAAGGAGCCCAACGACAAGACGUUGCCCCCGGUGGCGCCCAAGAGGGCGAGCGUGGUAUCGGCGGAGCCAUAACCGGCGGUCUCGCAGGUGGCUUCGUCGGCUCGAAGGCCAACCAUGGCAUCCUCGGCACAAUCGGCGGCGCCAUCAUAGGCAGCAUCGCGGAGGACAAGCUCAAGAACCGCAAGAAGCACAAGCAUGGUCACAGCGGUAGUCACCACGGCAGCAGCCACGGCGGAAGUCAGUUUGGAGGAUCGAACUCCGGUUUCUUAGGGUCCGCUGCAGGGUCGCUUUUUGGGAAGAAGUGA